CUGUAGAAUUAUCUUAUAGAAUUUUGUCAUUCAAAGAAACAAGUUUUGGAUGCACUUCCAUAUUUCAACAAGGUACAAACAGGUGAAUUGCUUUCAGGCUUUCUUGAUUGUUGUCCCGAUUGAUCAGGAUCAAAGGGUCUCAAUCGAGUCUUAAGUUUUCUAUAAUGAACAUCGUCAUAGUCUAGUUCUGUCUUCUGUAACAUCACUGGGCAUCUCUAGUAUUUGCAUCCAUCAUUCAUAAAUCUUUACAACCAUUGAAAUGGUUCGAAAACAACUACGAGAUAUAUCCUAAUAAAGUUGUAUACAUAUGAGUCAAACUUACCCACCCUAGGCAGAUAACGACAACGUAAAAUUAGAAGACCUUGUCCUUUUUAUCAUUUACCAUUUCUAAGUUUGUCUCAUUCUUCAGUUCUAUUGAAACGAAUUCACUCUACACACAUAAUUUCAGCUCAUGAUGUAAAUUUUCAUGCUUUUUUAUAGAUAUACAUAUUUUAUGAACUUGAAUAACAUAUUACGGAGUAUUUAUUUUCCCAUUAGUACAUUACCAUUAUCGCAUUUCUUUAAAUAGAAAAAACCGUCCAAUCACCCAACAGCACUACACGUACCAGUCACUCAUACACGUGUCACUCCAACCCCACACGUGUCAAACACAUAAUGAUCAUUUCCUCUUCACCACCCAAUCCUUCUCAUAUAUGCGUAUAACCAUCUCUCUCACUUACCAAAAACACAACACCUAAACAUAAACAAAUUAAAUCAAAAGAAAAAACAAAGUAGACAAAAAUGCAAGCGGUGAAAGAAACAGCAGCAAAUAUAGCUGCAUCGGCGUUAUCUGGAAUGGAGAAGACAAAAGCAGUGUUGGAAGAAAAGGUGGAAAAGAUGAGUACAAGUGAUCCCGUAGAAAAGGACAUGGCCACGUUACGAAAAGAAGACCGAAUAAGGCUAGCCGAGCUUCGAAAACAAGAAGCGUAUAACCAAAAUGCAGCUGCAGCCGCUGCUGAUGGUGGUCCAGGUAGUCCGACUUUUACUGCAUCUGGUCGUGUAACCGAAAAGAACCCGUUUCAUAGCGCAUCAAAUAAGCCGGCUGUUGCCAACCAUCAGUCUGGACCGGCUACUGUGCAAUCCACCAACACGGUCUCGAGUUAGCUAGCCCUGUUUUUGGUGGGUGGAGUCUGGUAGAAUCAGGGGCCCAAUAUAAAUUUAUAUAUAUGAAUUUUACAAUAACAAAAGUUUUAUUCAACAUGCAUCCUCUCGGGGGAAAUAUUUAGCUCGAUCUGUCGUGAUUGUGUACUGCUUUGAGGGAUUAGCAUGUAUAGUUAAAGGCUUGUUGUAACUUGUACAAUACAAUUAGUGGUC